AUGGCCUCCAGAGGCAGCAGACCCAAGCCCCAGAGCAUUCCACUCAGCUUGGAGGGAAUCCAACAGAACCAGCGGAUGUGGUUGGUGAAGCUUCCUAAAUACCUGUCACAGCAGUGGUCUGAAGCUUCUGGAAGCGGUGAAGUAGGGAAGCUGCAGAUUGCCAAAAAUCGGGGAAAGUCUGAAAUCUCAUUUAUCUUGAAUAAGGAACUUACAGACAUUCGGGGUACAGAUGGACAACCUGCCCCGGUCAUUGCUCCCAGGGAGCAUCAGCUUGUCUUGCAGGGGGUCAGAGGCCAGGUCCUCACAGUGCUGACUGAGCGUGCACCGGAUCAGCUCUCCCUGGAAGGAACGGUGGUACAUCGGGGAGAAUGCAGACCUGCUCUGAGUGAAAACUACACGAGGCUGAAGAGAAAGCAAAUAGAGGAGUCUUCCAAACCUGCCAGAACCGUGCAGAAACUGGAGAAGGUAGUCACGACCAAUUAUAAACCUGUUGCCAAUCAUCAGUACAAUAUUGAAUAUGAGAAGAAAAAGAAAGAAAAUGGAAAGAGAGUGAAGGCUGAUAAAGACCAAGUUUUAACCUUGCUAUUUGCUGCCUUUGAGAAACACCAGUAUUAUAACAUAAAGGACUUGGUUGGUAUCACCAUGCAACCUGUGGCGUACCUGAAGGAAAUCUUGAAUGAAAUCGGUGUUCAGAAUGUAAAAGGGCCCCACAAAAACACAUGGGAGCUAAAAGCAGAGUACCGGUAUUGUCCGGCAGCAGCUAAGAGUGAGCGAGACAGCCCUUUGUCAAGAAGCGUCAACAUGAGCGGGACAAUCUUCCGAUGCUAA